GUGGGAUAGUACCUUGGUGACCCGGCGGAGGAUCUCCUGUGUCGGCAGUCAUCAUGGAUGACUAUCCCAUCCAGGGCCUGUUGGCCCUUUCUGUCUUGUUGGGGCCGCUGUUCCGGCUUAUGUUCCCACUGGGGUUCGGGCGUGUGUGCACGUCCCGCAUGCUGAUGCGGUCUGGAACAGUGAAGCCUGGCCCUACACCUGCGGAGCAGGCAGAGAUAAAUCGUAAGUUGGCAGAGAAGAAAAAGGAGAGAGGCCAAGAAAAAACAGAAAGAAAAAGAAGCAAGAAAGAAAUGAAAGAGAAAAUGGACAGGGAAUUAGAAGAAGAAUUGAAAAGUAUAGAAGAAGAAGAAGAAGAACAAGAAGAAGGAGAAGUGUUGGAAAGACGUCGUCGCCAAAACAUAUCGGAAAGCAGUACCACGACCCGCCUUCCCGUUGAACCGUUGAACUGGGGUAGCCAGUACUACUACUCCAGCGAGCCGUUAAAAGAAUCUGAUGAAGAACGGGAUACGUUCAUCGCCAAGUUGGCCACUAUUAAAGACACCGUUGAACGAAACCUGAUGUUGGAAGAGAAACGGGCUGAGCUAAAUCGCAGGCUGUUGGCCGCUAGACGGCAAGAGGUGGAAGAAAAGAAAAGAUUGCAGGCAGAAGGGGAUAAAUUGCAGAAAGCUCUAGAAGCGCAAAAGGCAAACCCCUCUGCAACUGAAGCACAACUUGCACUCCUCAAGGAGGCCGUCCUCAACACGAGGCAAGACAUGGACUUAAUGCGACAGACCUUGCAACGUGUAGAAACACAUCRGGUUGAAUUUGAGAAUGUCUGGAAUAACUUCGUAGAAAAGUCAGCAAAGGACGUUGACCAACAUGUGCAAACUUACAUYCAGGCUUUGGACGAACAUAUUAAUAAAGUCUUCACCCCGAAGGUCGUAGAGAAGAUUGUAAAGGGAGCUGGAGGCGACGGAGGAGAUGGAGAUGACGACGACAAUGAUGACAAGAAAGGGAAGAAGAAGAUUGAGGAUUCAAAGGGUCAACCUUCCCAGGAACCCGGGCAGACUAACAAGAUUGAGCUUAAACUGCCAUGGACCUACAAUGGAAAGAAAGAAGAGAGUGUGUUGCAUUGGGCGGCGACAAUUGAAACUUAUGUGCAUGGACAACGAAUUCCAUACUGGGACAGGGUAUUGAUGGCAACCUCGUGCAUGGGAGGCGACGCCAUGAGCUUCGCCAUCUCGCUGCAAAAAGGGGCGGGAUGUAGCUCUAUGGUAGAGUAUUCACAACAGACCCGUAUUGAGGAUUUUCUUAAAGCGAUAAGAGAGAUUUGAGGACAAGAACCUGGCAAGGCGCACAGAAAUGU